GUGUAUAAAAUCCAAGGAAAUAAAAGACACUAAACUAAAACUCAAAUAAAAUCAGGAAAAAGGUUAAAGAUGAUUACUGACUCAGCCACGGUGCCCGGAACUUUAUGUUCAUUUUGCUAGUAAUACUUUGUUGUUAUGGCAUAUUUUUACACUGUGGCACUGCAACUCUGGCUCUUGAAACUGUACCUCCUCCUGUAGACCGUUUCAUACUUUAAGAAGCACCGCCCCCCUCUGGCGGCAUCGAGGAACUGCGCUCUGGCCUGGGUGCGCUUGGUAUGCAGUCACCAUGCCAACCACAGGAAACAGAGGGUAACUGUUACUCCGAACCAACUGGACUGAAGAGAUAACGUUAGCUAGUAAGAGUAUUGUUUUGUUUUACUUGACAGUGACGACAUGGACACGUCUGUGAUUCUACCUGUCGAAGCAGAGGGGUUUGUUCAAAGUCUGGAAACUUUCUCUCUCAAGGAAGUAGGCUCUGAGAGGUGGUUCAGACAGCAUGCGCACAUUGAGAAACUCAACAUGCAGGCGAUACUGAAUGCUUCUGCCGUGCACGAUGAGUUUGUUAUGGAGCUCCUGGUGUCGUAUGGAAAGAUACCUGUUCUGGUCCAUGAAAUGAUCCUUGUCCAAGUUUGGAAGCACAAAGUGUUCCCCAUUUUAUGUCAGCUGGAGGACUUUAAUCCCAAGGACACGUUUCAUCUUUACAUGGUGAUCCACCAUGAAGCCACGAUCAUAAACCUACUUGAAACGAUAAUGUACCACAAGGAUUCAUGUGAGGCGGCUGGUGACUCUGUCCUUGACUUGGUGGAUUACUGCCACCGCAAACUCACCCUGCUGGUCAGCAAAGCGACCAGGGAAGCCGCAACAGCUCAUGACCAACGCAACCCGAAAGGGAAAGCUGUUGCAUCCUCGGCAGACUUGAUGAACGAGUUACAGAUGCAGAGUGCUGCAGGGGAGUUUGAAAUCUCCCAGAAGGCUGUCUCUGUGCUGCGUUUCAUCACUGAUCACACCGAGAGCAUUAGUGUCAUCAAUCGCAUGCUGUGCACCCACAACAUGCCGUGUGUGCUGGUUCAGUUGAUUGACUGCUGUCCUUGGAGUCGCUGUAAAGACGGCGAGGUAGAAAAGUACAUAAAUGGCAGAUGGCAGAAGAUUCCUGUUGAGGACCAUUUAAAGAUGACCAAACUAGACGGUCAGGUCUGGAUUUCCCUUUACAAUCUGCUGCUGAAGGAAGACUGCCAAAGGAAAUAUGACUUCAACAACUUCAACAAGAACCAGCUUCUAAAGCUUCGAGGUUUCAUGACAGAGGUGUUGAUCGAUCAGCUGCCGAACCUGGCGGAGUUGCAGCGUUACCUGGCUCAUCUCACCGUUACAGACCCCGCCCCUCCGAAAAAAGAACUCAUUUUGGAGCAGAUCCCAGAAAUAUGGAACCACAUUGUGAGAGAGAAUUCUGGGAAGUGGAAGGCAAUAGCAAAGUAUCAAGUCAAAGAAACUUUCAGCCCAUCUGAAAGUGAACUGAAGCUGCUGGCAGAGAGGUUGUACCAGGUGUACAAUUUUGAUGUGAUGGAGAGUUUACUCCCUGAGAAGCCAAAGUGUGGAUCCUGUGGGAAAGAGGCAGCAAAGAGAUGCUCUCGGUGUCAGGGAGAAUGGUACUGUCACAGAGAAUGUCAGGUGAAGCACUGGUCUAAACACAAGAGAGCCUGUCAGCUCACAACUGAGGUCACAGGGAAGAUCCAGAGAGACCUGCACGUCAACAGCUGACAAAGAGAGCCUGAAGCACAUGCAAGGACCGGUGGUGGAUGGGAAAAGAUGGGAGAAACAGAUCUGCAGGUGCACAAUGCAAACUUGGAUUUUAAAUCUUUCUGUUAGUGAGGUAAAGUUUAUGCCCAGUUACAGAAUUUAGUUGUUUCCUUUUUGUUUUGAACACUGUUGUUUGUUUAUGAUAAGCUUAUGUCAUAUCGUUUUAACAAAUCAUUUGUCUAUCUGAAGAAAGUUCUUCCCUCUCUGUCAAGACUUAUACUGUUAUUUUGAUUUACAAAUUAAAUGCUUUUAACAACUCUC